UUAAUAUACAUAUGGACCCCAUUACAUUUUUCGGCUUGCUCUACUGGCUGAUGUGCAUGAUAUUGUUCGGGCCGGCGAUGUUCUUUGUCUCCGUUUAUCUGCCGGAACUUCCAGUGCGAUAUGUGAAAAGCCUGAGGCAGCAAACAUAAAGCGCCAUCAUUGAAGCCAAGUCCGUGGUACAUAGAUUAAUCAAGCCAUAUUUGUAAUGAUAAUGAUGUACAACCGAUCGGUAUAUAGUCGUAUAAUAAAAAUGCAUUCGAAAGUAAA